AGAAAGGUCUAUAAAAGCCCCAGUACCAAAGAAAGUAUACAGAAUCUUCCAGCUCCAGAGGCACCAUCUGGGCUCUCCACCGUGUUUGAGAUCUGAGCAGCCUGCCACCCACAUCAGAGCUGUACCCACAGGAUUCCUUUUGGAACCAAGUCAGGAUGAGUCUCCAGACCCGACCCAGACUCUUGAACCUGGCAGCAGUGAGCCUGCUGAGGGACGAGGCCUCAGCCAUCACUGCUCUGGAGUAUCUGCCCAUUGAACUCUUCCCCCCACUCUUCAUGGAAGCCUUCUGUGGGAGUCGAAGUGAGACCCUGAAGGCCAUGGUGUAUGCCUGGCCCUUUGUCCGUCUGCCUCUCGGGGGCCUGAUGCAAAAGCCUCACUUGGGGACCUUACAAGCAGUUCUGGAUGGUCUUGAUAUCCUGAUUGCCCAGAAAAAACAUUCCAAGAGGUGCAAACUGCGGGUGCUGGAUUUAAGGAAUACUGGCCAGGACUUCUGGAAAAUGUGGUCUGGAUCAAGUGUCCAUGUAUCCUCAAGCUCAUCAAUGACACCAGUGGCUGAGGUCAGGUCAAGGACAGAGCAGCCCUUGGCUCCUUUAGAGGUGUUCAUAGAACUGCACUUCAAGGAAAGUACCACAGAUGACUUCCUCAUCUACCUCAUGAGGUGGGUGGAGCAGAGAAAAGCUUCCAUACACCUGUGCUCUAAUAAGCUGAAGGUCACUUCAAUGUCCUUAGAAAAUAUUGUGCAGGUCCUGGGUAUAGUGCAACUGGACUGUAUUCAGGAAGUGGAAGUGAAUUGCAUUUGGCAUCUGUCCACUCUGGCCAUGUUUGCUCUUUUCUUGGGCCAAAUGAGUAAUAUACAGAGACUCCAUCUCUCCCACAUCCAUGGGCUAGCAAUUGAAGAGGAGGAAGAGUAUUACCACAUUGUCCAAAUUACCUCUCAGUUCCGCAAGUUGUACCACCUCCGGGAUCUGUAUUUGGAGACUCCCUCCUUCCUUGAAGGCUGCCUGAACCAGAUGCUCAGGUGCCUGAUGACUCCCUUGGAUAACCUUGCUAUAACUCACUCUCUCCUUACGGAUUCAGACUUGACCCAUCUGUCCCAAUGUCCAAACGUUAGUCAGCUAAAGGGCCUGGAUCUGAGUGGUGACCUCCUGACGUACUCCAAUGCUGAGCUCCUCUCAGUUCUCCUGGAGAAAGUUGCAGGCACACUUGAAACACUGGACUUAAACAUGUGUGGGAUUAGGGACUUCCAUCUUGAAGCCAUCCUGCCUGCCCUGAGCCACUGCUUCCAGCUCAAGUCCUUCAGCAUGCGUGGAAACCUUCUCUCCAUGGCUAUCAUGGAGAAGAUGCUGCGACACACUUCCGCACUGCCCAGUUUAAAUAAAGAGCUGUAUCCUGUCCCUCAGGAGAGUUUGCAGUCUAGGGGAAUCCUUCAACCACAGAGACUUGCACAGUGUCGGGCUGAACUGUUUGAGAUUCUGAAGGACUUAGGACGUCCCAGGACCAUUUGGAUUAGCUCUAUCUCCUGUCCACAGUGUGAAGGUCUUGAAUUCUAUCAUCCUGAGCCCAUUAUAUACCAGUAAAUAUCCUUGCCUAGUUGAUUGCCUACAUCACAAAUUUUCUUGGAUACUAAAAGCUAGGACAGAGUUGCAUCAUAAGGGAACAGAAACUCAUGGUUUCAGAUAUCUGCUCAAAGUGAAUAUGAGAAGGAAAAAUGAUUCAGCAAAGGUGCAGGAUAGCAGAGGAAAAAGUUGAUUCUGGGAGGAAAAGGGGGCUUGGAGGACAAGUGUCCUAAAGAGCCAGGAAGAUGAACCUAAAUUUCAUUAGGUGGA